AUGGACACUGCAGUUAUAGACUUUAUCAACGACAGGCUGCUGACGCAGGUAAAGCCUCUGGUGUUCACGGAGCUGAUCGCGCGGUUCGCAGUGGGGCCCUCUGCGGCCAAGAAACUCAUGUACAAGUACUACACAGAGGUGACGACGGUGAAGUACAACUGCAUCAUAGUGUGCUGCUACAGCGAUAACACUAUCAAGGUGAUACGGGACCUGGCACUCGUCGAGGCGGACAACGGCGACGAUGCGCAAUUGACCGAUUGUUUCAUUUACGCGUUGAACCCGAUGGACCAGUUCACGCCUGUGAAUCUGGCGCUAGCACCGGAGGCUGUUUCGACAGCGAUUGUGACUCCGUACACGCUCGUUCGUGGCGAACCGGCCCCUGCGAAACAGGAUGAUACACAAGGUAGUACGGUGCCAAGAGCGAAGACCGUGGAAGAUCACAGGGAUCCGGUCCCAGAGACUCGUGCACCUCAACGCUCGAGCACGGUCCCUGCCGCUGCAGAACCUGCCCUGCAGAAACCCAAGACGAUGGGUUUGCGGUCGACGGAGCUGCUGGCCAAGAUGAAACGGAUGAGGGAGGAUAAGGAGAGCGUGCGCCAAGAGGAGUUGAGCAAGCGGCGCAAGGAGGAACGAGAGUCUCGUGAGAAACGCGUGCAGAGCGACCCAACCAGAAAGGCCCAGAUCCAGCAACUGAACAAACUGUUCACGGAAGACGACGACGACGAUGACGUCGAAGAACAGCAGCAAGAGCCGCUGAAGAAAGAGAACACCCCCGUCACAAUCAACGAGGCAGAACUGGAAGAAUUGCUUGACACGACAGCUGACGAUUCGCUGCUCGAGGUGAAUGCUCCUAAAACUCAGCCUCAACCGCAGAAGCAGGAGACGUACGUCGAUGAGGACGGCUAUAAAGUCACGACGAGAGCACCGCAGGCCCCAGCAAAGGUCUCCCGUCCUGUCAAGCGGUCUGUUGCACCUCCAGCACGCGCACCGGUCAAGAGGCAGACGAAGCAAGGAUCCAUCGAGAGCUUCUUCAAGCGCAAGUGA